AUGAUCAGGAAGCAACGCGACGGGACACUUAGAAUUCGCGAGGGAGCGACCGCCGGAAACCGAGGUGUACCAGGGUUCCUCGAGUACAGAGAAGUGGCGGCCCGCGGCACUCCCGCCUCUCCCAGCGACCCCUCACUCCUCACCCCGCACAUGCACUUCGAAGCCUCCACAACACCGCUCACCCCGCAUUCUAUACUCGCCUUAAUCGCAAAUUAA